AUGGUGAUGGAAGAAGAAAGAGAUUGUUGUUCAACAAUAACACUGAACAGAAGCAACAACAACAUCAACCCCAAAGAGAAUCACAAACAAGAGAAACCAUACAGAGGAAUAAGGAAGAGAAAGUGGGGAAAGUGGGUUGCAGAAAUACGAGAACCAAACAAAAGAUCAAGAAUCUGGUUAGGUUCUUACACCACACCCGUAGCCGCCGCACGUGCCUACGACACCGCCGUAUUCUACCUAAGAGGCCCGACGGCUCGUCUUAAUUUCCCCGAAUUAUUGUUCCAAGACGAUGAAGACAGCAGCAUCAACACCAACGGUUCUGUUCCACAAGGUAACAUGUCCGCUGAUUCAAUACGCAUAAAAGCCACCACUGUCGGUGCUAGAGUUGAUGCUCUUCAAACCGCUCUUCAAGCUUCAUCACGUUCCAGUUCUACUCACUCUGAUGUUAAACCUGAUUUGAACGAGUUUCCAAAACCUGAAGAUUAUUAA